AUGUUUUAUAUGUUCCAAUAUGUCAUCUAUAUCUAGUUGGUUGUCUGUCAAUCAUGCAAACGUCGUAGUAUUACAUAUUUUGAUAUAUAUAAAGGAAAUAUAUAAUUGUUUAACAUGUCUGUUAACAUAGACAUUAAAUUAAAACGUGCCAGUAAAAUAUAUCAUGAAGGGGAGGUUGUCACUGGUCUUAUAUUAUUACAAACAAAUUCCGAUUUAAAGCACGAUGGUAUAUUCCUUACAAUGGAAGGUUCAGUUAAUUUACAAUUAAGUUCAAAAAAUGUUGGUAUCUUUGAAGCUUUCUACAAUUCUGUAAAGCCUAUUCAAUUAGUACAAUAUACUUUAGAUGUUGCUCCUGCUGGCAAAAUACCAAGCAGUAGAAUACCAUUUGAAAUACCCUUCGAAUUACCAUUAAAACCACGAGGGAAAAAACCAUUAUAUGAAACUUAUCAUGGAGUUUUUGUGAAUAUACAAUAUUUGAUACGUUGUGAUAUAAAAAGAAACUUUCUUGCAAAGGAUGUAAGCAAGUCAUUGGAAUUUAUUGUGGAAGACAAAUUCACUAUUAAAGUCGAUAAAGAGCAUAGUAAAAUUGUAUUCUUUAAGAUAACACCAGAGUCUUUACAAAAUACAAAAGAUAAAGUUAAUGUUCCAAGAUUUUAUAUUUCAGGAAGAUUAGAUUCAUUGUAUUGUAAGAUUUCAGAACCUCUUAAAGGCGAGGUAGUAAUUGAACAUUGUGAAGCUGUUAUAAAAUCAAUUGAAUUGCAAUUGGUAAGAGUAGAAACAUGUGGCUGUGCAGAAGGAUAUUCGAGAGAUGCAACAGAAAUACAGAAUAUACAGAUAGGAGAAGGAAAUGUAUGUACGAAUUUACCCAUACCUAUUUAUAUGAUAUUUCCAAGAUUAUUUACUUGUCCCACUUUAAGCACAAGUAACUUCAAAGUUGAAUUUGAAGUAAAUCUUAUUAUUAUAUUUGAAGACGAUUAUUUAGUUACUGAAAAUUUUCCUAUAAUACUUUCCAGAUACUAACCACUGUUGAUAUAUAAAAAUAUAAACUGUAGCAGCACAUAAAUGCAAUCACUAUAUGAUUUGGCAAUAAAAAUAUUUGUCUUAAGUUAGUUAAA